GGUAUUGUUUGUAGAAAUGAAAACCAAAGAAAAAACAAAAAACAAAGAAAAGUUCUCCAGCGGUUGAGACCAAAGAAGCUGCUGAAGGUGUCAAAGCACACAGUGGUUUAAAAAAAACAGUUCAAAGCUGCAGCGGUCAUAGGAUGAACACCUAUAUAUGCUAUAUAUAAACACACACACACACACACACACACUCACACACUCAAGCUCUGAAUAGAAGGUUUUGAUGAUUCUCUGAUUGUGAACGAUCAUCUCCUUAUCUUCUGAUCUUCUCGACUGCGACUCUUCAGUCCUCUCUUGCUGACUUCAUCAUGGAGAUCCGUGUGUUCGGACUGGUUUUGUUGUUGGUGUUGUGCGCCGCACUGCCUGCUGAAGCCCAGAACUGGGAGGCAUUCAAAAAGAAGCAUAUUUACCCGAGCAUGGAUGAGAGAAGAUGUACCGACACAAUCAAAGACAAGAAAAUCAAUUAUGGUGGCACCUGCAAAAAGAUGAACAGCUUCAUACUUGCCAGAAAAGAUCAGGUUAAGGCUGUAUGUGGGGCCGCCGGCAGGCCUGUGGGUGGGAAUCUUCGUGAAAGCAACAAACCUUUUAGUGUGGUCACUUGCAACCUGAUGCAGAGUAACCCAUGUAUAUAUGUUGGUCAAAAGCGUACACGAUGCAUUACAAUAGCAUGUGAGAAGGGUUUUCCCGUGCAUUAUGAGCAAAGCAGAAGCAUCAUCAUGGAGAUCCGUGUGUUUGGCCUGGUUUUGCUGUUGGUGAUGUGCACCGCACUGCCUGCUGAAUCCCAGACCUGGGAGGAUUUCAAGGAGAAGCAUAUUCGCGGCAGAAUGGCUGAGUCUGACUGUACCAAAGUGAUGAAUAAGCUGAAACUCCCAGGGUCUGACCCCAACUCCAAUAACUGCAAAAAAAAGAACAGCUUCAUUGUACCAACCACAGACAGACUGGUCAAAGACGUGUGUAUGAGUGCGGGCCACCCUAUACCGGAGGGGGGGAACCUUCGCAGAAGCAACAAUCGUUUCAGAGUGGUCACAUGUACCGGCAACGAGAAUCAAAGAUAUCCAAAAUGCAAAUACAGAGGUCAUUCAAGCAUGCGGUUUAUUGUAAUAGGAUGUAAGAAUGAGUUACCUGUGCACUACCAAGAAGGCAAGAUUGUUUCAGGCUAAAAUUUAAAAGGCCAACUGCUUGGUGAGGUACAACAAUACCACUGCUUACUGGUAUAAUCAUGAUAUAUUAUA